UUGGCACUCGUGCCGUUGGCAGCCGUGUUUGUUUUUCUGUCACCCGUCCGGUGUCAUUGACACUGACGUUUAUUUUGACGUUUUCAAAACUUCUCAAUUAAAAUGGAAGAAAUCGACGCUAUCAUAAUUGAUUCCUUGAAAAACCUCCACUGUGAUUUCGAAGACGACGUCACGUCGCUCAAACAUUUCGACGCCGACAUGGUUGUCAGCGCGAUUUCGCGCUGUUUGGAAGCUAUGAUCCCUGACACGUCGUUCCCCAAGAAACUGCCACCUUCCAUGAGCAUCAAACUAAAAAUAACUUCUAGUCUAGCCGCCCAAAUUAAAGAUUUAGGCUUCCGUGAUGAUAUAGGUUAUCAGACGAUUUUGUACUGCAACGAGGCCGAAAUUCGGCGCGUUUUGAUGUUCUUGGUUGAGCGAUUGCCGCGCGAAGCGAGCAAAGUGGCUCACGUUGAACAGACGGGCUACGUCCCGACUUUAGUUAAAGAAAUUGAACAGAAAGUGAGGGGGUCGUUGCAGCAGGUGUGGGUGCCUUCGUGUGUUUUGCGGAACGGGUUCAGGAGGAACGAGGGACUGUUUUUUCAUAGUUUCGGGAAUUGUAGACCUUUGAAAGGGGUUAAAUUGCAAGUGCCAUUUACUAGUAGGAGUUAUAGUGAUGAGGCACUUAAGGAGUACUGGGUGAGGAAUGUGCCCGUGGUUACUAAGCAGUGUGAGGUGGAAGAAUUGCUGCCGUCGCUGUUGUUCAAAGAUUGCCUUAUCAGUAGUGUAGAUACGGAUUUGAGGAAUUGCUUCAAAGUGUCUUCACACAGAGAAGAAAUCACGCCUCUGAAAUCUUCAGAACUAGUCCAAGUGAAAAUGCCUGAAGUGACUGAAGAGUCUGAGUCUGAGCAAAAACUACAAGCGCUGGUUGACGACGUCAAACUAAAAAAAGAAGAGUGUGUGGAACUUGAUAAGAAAGUUAAAAGUUAUGAGUCACAGCUAGAGCAACUGGCCAAAUCUAGAACUGAGGAAGAAGAAACCCUUCAAACUUUGCUCUCUCAAGUUAAUUUAAAAUCAAAGACGCUCACGGUUAUAAGUAAGGAAGAAAAUCUGCAAAAACUGAAGAACAUGAUUGAAGCUAGCAGAAACAAGCUUGUCAAUUUAACAGAGCAGUGGAAGAGCAUCCAAACCCCUCUUCUAGAAGAGUACAAAUCGCUACAAAACGCCAUCAGUAGUAAAGAUUUGAAGCAACAACAAGAACAAGACAAGUUCAAAAAAUUAGAAGAAACCCACAAGACGCUGAACACAGAUCUUCACGAAAAAACCCAGUUGGAAGACCAACUCAGAAAGAAGCUAGAACAAGUCAACAAAACCAACACCAGAUCAGGAUACACAAGACGGAUUUUAGAAAUCAUAGGUAACAUAAAAAAACAGGAUGAAGAAAUCCAGAAAAUUCUCAAAGACACACGAGAAGUCCAACGCGAAAUCAGUUCUUUGACGGGACAAGUGGACAGAUCGUUCACCCUCGCAGACGAGCUCAUUUUCCGGGACGCCAAACACGACGAGACUGCCCGAAAAGCCUAUAAAUUACUAGCGCAACUCCGCGACGACUGUUCAGUUAUAAUCAAAGCGGUGACUGAUUUGGGGGCCGUGGAGCGCGAAUGCAGAAACCUCCAAGAACAAAUCGACUCCGAAACGGCCAAAGAAAGUGCCGUUAAAUUAGAACGCGUAAACAAAGACCUCCAAGAAAUGAAAAAGGAAACGGAAACGCUGCUAAAGCAAACCUGAAACGUGCAAUUUUUGUUAUCACAUCACUUUUAUUACGAUAAGACACCAAAAGUUUUUACUAUUUAUAUUUUUUGUUAAAAUAUUAAACAAAAUGUGAAACGAUUAA